GGCUCUCAGAAGCAUUUAGUCUGCAGCCGAGCAGGAUACCUCUCUGCUGGUCCCGUCUGCUGCAGCAGCAAAGUGUCUGUGGCAUGACACUCUGAAAAGCGCUCUUCUCGUUCUUCCCUGCGUCAAGGGCUGCCUGGGAGAAAGUUGAGAGGAAUAAAAAUCGACUGAUUUCUCUGCGCCGUUUCCUCUCCAUUUCCUCUUUUCUUUGUUUUGAACCAGCAGAGUCCCCCGAGAGCCGAGCAGAUCAUCACAACGUCAAACCUCUGAGGACACCGGGGCAGUAUUUUUGCAACAAUCCGCAACCUCAAUGCGACACACAAGGACUUCCGAUCAGGAGAUCUUCAGCCCGUGAGCGUCCCUAACAGACAGAGGGUUGCCCCCCCUCCACAUUCGAGCAUGAGUGUGUGAGGAGGCUAAUGCCCGCCGUAGGGUGGCCAGUGCCAGAGGAGGAUGAGUCCGGCUCAGGCCCAGGAGGCCACGGAUGCAGAGCAGAAGCAGAAGCAGCAGCAGCAGCAGAACCACCAGCCGUGCUACAUGGAGAAGGGAGUGAUGCUUGAGCCCUUUGUGCACCAGGUGGGGGGGCAUUGCUGCGUCCUGCGCUUCGGGGAGCAGACCAUCUGCAAGCCCCUCAUUCCCCGGGAGCAUCGGUUCUACAAGACUCUUCCCGCUGCAAUGAGGAAGUUCACCCCACAGUACAGAGGUGUUGUGUCAGUCAGCUUCGAGGAGGAUGAAGAAGGGAAUCUUUGCCUCAUCGCCUACCCCCUGCACAGCGACCUGCCGGCUGACGUCGAAAACAAAGACCCCUCCGCCGAUUGUGAUCCCAAGAGGAAGAUGCUCCACCGGGGCCAAAUGGUCACGUCCGCGCAGAUUUUGGAAAGCGAAAUCUACAGCAAGGACGGCCGAGGCCACCGCUUUCGAAAAGACCAGGACAAGAGGUGGCACUCGCUGCAGGACUACCUGGAGAUAGAGCAGCCGCAGCAGGCGGAAGUGCUCCACUACAGCCUGGAGCACAGUCACAGUAACGCCGCCCCGCAGCUCAAACACAACCCCUUGAUCCUCAAGUGUCAGCAGCAGCAUCUGCAGCGCAUGAAGGAGAACGCCAAGCACCACAACCAGUACAAGUUCAUCUUGCUGGAGAACCUGACCUGGCGGCACACGAUACCGUGCGUGUUGGACCUGAAGAUGGGAACGCGGCAGCACGGAGAUGACAUCUCCGAGGAGAAGAAGGCCAUACGCAUCCGCAGGUGCCAGCAGAGCACAUCAGCCGCCUUAGGGGUCCGCCUCAGUGGCAUGCAGGUGUACCACUCUGACUCUGGCCAGCUCAUGUUCAUGAGCAAGUCCCACGGCCACAAACUGACCGUGGCAGAAUUCAAAGAGGCUCUGUUCAAGUUCUUCCACAGCGGCCAGCGUCUGAGGCGGGAGCUGCUCUCGCCGGUGCUGAGCCGGCUCAGGGAGGUGCAGGCCGCCCUGGAGUCCUGCGAGUCGUACCGCUUCUACUCCAGCUCCCUGCUCAUCAUCUACGACGGGGCGCAGCGCAGACGACACUUCUCCAGCACCGAAGACGGGCUCUCUGACGGCGAGGAGGAGGACGACGAGGAAGAAGUGGAAGCUGAGCCUAAAAUGGACGAGGACGAGGAGGAGAGCGAAACGGAGGGCGCGUCCGGCUUUCCUCACACCCCGGCGCCAUCUAGCGACAGCAGUAGCAGCGGCGGCGGCGGUGGGAGCUCCAGCAUCAGCCAGUCCCGCUCGGACCUCCGCAGCCCUGCGGUGGAUGUGAGGAUGAUUGACUUUGCUCACACCACCUGCAGACAUUACUGCGAGGACAGCGUGGUCCACGAGGGCAAGGACAGCGGCUACAUUUUCGGCAUCCAGAACCUGAUCACCAUCAUCUCUGAGCUGGAGAACCACUGCACAGACUGAGCAGUGAGACAAAAAAACACAUUCAGGCUCCAAGCCGCGGACUCAGACCCUCGGUCCCCGGAGAGAACUGCUGUAGCGCCGUAGCCGUUUCUUUACCUCCUCCUGUUUUCACCAUUGAUGCUUUUUUUUUUUUUUUUUGGUGUUACCGUUGGGACUGACAGCCAGCCAAGAGUAACAGCAAAGAACCGUCUUUGUGAACGUCCCGUUUUAACCCAGGCAACCAAUAAGAAGAAGAGGACGGCCGUGGAUACAAAGCCAUCGAAACGUCUAAGAUCAGCAGGUGUUCUCAUCUCAGAUUUCCAAAGAAAGUGUCAUUUUGCACACGCACGCACGCACACAUGCUCUUAAAGGGGGGCGUGUGUUCGAAACAGGGAAGAAGCAGAGGACAGAGUGUGAGGAGAGAAGCGGCUCAUCCUGCCAUCGUCGUCUCCUAAAGCGAAACAAAUCUCAGAGUUGAUAGAGAGAUAUUUAUUUAUUUCAUUCGUUUCGUAAAAUAAACUAUAAAGGACAACAAGAAAAACAAAGAGUAUGUAUGGAGACUAGUACAUUCCAUAUUAUUAAUGUUAAAGUAAUGAUAUUGAUUAAUAUUGUUAUUUGGCAUGGAUGAAUACCUCUCCCUUGUUUGAUUUGUUUUUUCCCGUGUUGUCCACGAUUUGUUGGAGGGGAAUUAAAACCUUUGUGGUAGCA